CAGAGAGCCGCGUCCCUUUGCCGUGGCUACCGGAGAUGCGCUCCGCAGGGCCUACCGGCGGGAGCUUCCGGGACGGGGCACGGCCGCCGGAAGUGCGUGGCCGCCGGGGCCAUGGCGGCGCUCAGCGUCGUCUGGCUGCUGCUGGUAGCUGCGUGCUGGCCGCCCGCCUCGGCUUCAGGAGAAGAGUUCUGGCCCGGCCAGUCGGCGGCGGAUAUCCUGUCAGGGGCGGCGUCCCGCCGACGGUACCUUCUGUAUGAUGUCAACCCUCCAGAAGGCUUCAAUCUCCGCAGGGACGUCUACAUCCGUGUUGCCUCCCUGCUGAAGACACUGCUGAAGACCGAGGAGUGGGUGCUUGUCUUGCCCCCAUGGGGCCGCCUCUACCAUUGGCAAAGUCCUGACAUCCAUCAGGUCCGGAUUCCCUGGUCAGAGUUUUUUGAUCUUCCAAGUCUCAAUAAAAACAUCCCCGUCAUUGAGUACGAGCAGUUCAUUGCAGAGUCCGGUGGGCCCUUUAUUGAUCAGGUGUACGUCCUGCAAGGUUAUGCUGAGGGCUGGAAGGAGGGCACCUGGGAGGAGAAGGUGGAUGAGCGGCCCUGCAUUGAUCCGCUGCUGUAUUCGCAGGACAAGCACGAGUAUUACAGAGGCUGGUUUUGGGGCUAUGAAGAAACCCGGGGUCUGAAUGUCUCCUGCCUGUCUGUCCAGGGGUCAGCUUCCAUUGUUGCACCCGUGCUUUUGAAAAACACUUCUGCUCGGUCUGUGAUGUUGGACCGAGCUGAAAACCUGCUUCAUGACCACUAUGGUGGCCGAGAGUACUGGGAUACCCGGCGCAGCAUGGUGUUUGCCAAGCACUUGCGGGCCGUGGGAGAUGAGUUCAGAAGCCAGCACCUGAACUCUACUGAUGCUGCUGAUAAAGUGGUCCUGGAAGAAGACUGGACGCAGAUGAAGGUCAAGUUGGGCUCGGCGCUAGGUGGCCCCUACCUUGGAGUCCACCUGAGAAGAAAGGACUUCAUCUGGGGCCACAGGGAGGAUGUGCCUAGCCUGGAGGGUGCCGUGAAGAAGAUCCGUAGCCUCAUGAAGACUUACCAGCUGUCCAGGGUGUUUGUGGCCACAGAUGCCAUCAGGAAGGAACAGGAAGAGCUGAGGAAGCUGCUUCCGGAAAUGGUGCGCUUUGAGCCCACCUGGGAGGAGCUGGAACUGUACAAGGACGGAGGCGUGGCCAUCAUCGACCAGUGGAUCUGCGCACAUGCCAGGUUUUUUAUUGGCACCUCAGUCUCCACAUUUUCUUUUCGGAUUCAUGAAGAAAGAGAAAUCCUGGGGUUGGACCCCAAGACGACGUACAAUCGGUUUUGUGGAGACCAAGAGAAAGUAUGUGAGCAACCCACGCACUGGAAGAUAGCGUACUGAGGGCCGCCAAUCCAUCUGCCACCUGCCAACCAUUCGGUCCCAGGGUCCCAGAGGGGGCUUCCACUUGGGGCACCAUAUUUAAUGCCCCUGCGGCUCCUUUAUGUCUGAGCCGACAUCUGCUUGUGGCCAGGCUCUGCCACCUCCAGGGUUUGCAGUUGUGUCUUCUGUCAAGACCUGUGAAGCCAUGUCACCAUCACAGACACCACAUAUGUGCUGGUCCAAAAAUGCAAGGAGCAUCUGUCAGCCCUGCAUUGGUCUUUCUGUCACCUUCUUGAGCAAGUUGAGAGGCCAGUUGAGGGGCUGCUCCUUCAGUGUCCUUCAGAUGGACACUGGUUCCUGAGACACCGGUGCAGUACUGGUCAUCCCACACAUUCCAGUGUUACCAGAGGCUGGGUCCUGCCCCUCCCCCUGCACUGUACUCCAGAGGUGGAGGUUUAAGACCCUGAUUUUAUCAGAGUUCUGGGACCCUCAGGGUGUCUGGUGGACCUGGCCAGCAAUUCACUCACCUCACCUUUUGGUGGACACGUGGGUCCCUAGGCCUGUUGCACACUGCUGAGAAAUAGAAUUGAGAAGUGACAGUCAUAUCCUUCAAAAGACAACAUCCUAGGCUUCACGCUGCACUGUGCGGUCACCUUGGGAGGCAGAGUCAACACAGCCUUGGCCUGGGAAACCCCAGGCCCUUGACCCGGUACUCCUGGGAAUACCUCCCACCCCCCAGUUCUGUGCCCUGAGAAGUCCCUUCCUUGUGCAGCCCCUGCUGACCCAGUGCACUACCUGGCUACUGCCCAGGUCUCCUUCCCAAGCACCGAAGUAGAUUCGGAGCACAGAUAGGGUCCUGUGGCUCACUCAGAGCUAGCCAGGAGGAAUCACAGGUAUUUAUUCUUUUCAUUCAUACAUCCAGUGUAUUAGUAAAAUACUUUUCUAAAAAGCUAUAAUCCUAAAAA